UGCAGCGGGCCGGGUUGAAGCAAGUUCCUUUUCUCUUUCCCUACUUCCUCUCCCUGCCUCCGCCUCCGUGAAGCUCCUUCCCUCUCCGCAGCAGGUCCGAAGUGAGGGAUGAGAGUCCCGCCGAGGUCUACGUGAAUAACCGCCCGGACCCACGCGCCCCGGGGCGUGAGCUGCGGGAGCCCAGGCGAGGUCCGACUCACAUCGCCGCUUGCCGUCCAUGUCUCGUCCUGGAGCUCGAGUCGGGAGCCAGCCGGGUGUAGUUUGGUGAUGGCCGGGUUUCUCGCGAAAGGACCUUAGCAUCCGUUCCGCCCCGGUCGAGCCUCGGAACCAGAGUCAGGAAAGCGACCGCCGUCAUAUGCCGAGAUGUCGGGCAUCGGAAGCAAAAGAGCUGCAGGAGAGCCAGGCACAUCUGUGCCUCCAGAGAAGAAGACAGCUGUGGAGGACUCCGGGACCACUGUGGAAACAAUUAAGCUCGGGGGUGUCUCCUCAACGGAGGAGUUAGACAUUCGAACACUGCAAUCCAAAAACCGUAAACUAGCAGAAAUGCUAGAUCAGAGACAGGCCAUUGAAGAUGAACUUCGGGAACACAUUGAAAAACUCGAGCGACGCCAGGCAACUGACGAUGCCUCACUGUUGAUUGUGAACCGGUACUGGAGCCAGUUCGAUGAAAACAUUCGUAUCAUCCUUAAACGUUAUGAUCUGGACCAGGGUUUGGGAGACCUACUCACAGAAAGGAAAGCCCUGGUUGUGCCAGAGCCAGAACCCGACUCUGAUAGCAAUCAGGAGCGCAAAGAUGACCGUGAGAGAGGGGAAGGGCAAGAGCCAGCUUUCUCUUUCCUUGCUACCUUGGCCAGCAGUUCCAGUGAAGAGAUGGAAUCACAGCUUCAGGAGCGGGUGGAGUCCUCUCGCCGUGCUGUGUCCCAGAUUGUGACUGUCUAUGAUAAACUGCAAGAAAAAGUGGACCUCUUAUCCCGGAAGCUGAACAGUGGAGAUAACCUGAUAGUGGAGGAAGCAGUGCAGGAGCUGAACUCCUUCCUUGCGCAAGAGAAUGUGAGGCUCCAGGAGCUGACAGACCUCCUUCAGGAGAAGCACCACACCAUGUCUCAGGAGUUCUGUAAGCUGCAAGGUAAAGUAGAGACAGCUGAAUCACGAGUAUCUGUCUUGGAGUCUAUGAUUGAUGACCUGCAGUGGGAUAUUGACAAAAUUCGAAAAAGAGAACAGCGUCUCAACCGACAUUUGGCUGAAGUCCUAGAACGGGUGAAUUCAAAAGGCUAUAAGGUAUAUGGAGCAGGGAGCAGUCUCUAUGGCGGUACAAUCACCAUCAAUGCCCGGAAGUUUGAGGAAAUGAAUGCAGAGCUGGAGGAGAACAAAGAGUUGGCUCAGAACCGACACUGUGAGCUAGAGAAGCUUCGUCAAGACUUUGAAGAGGUCACCACACAGAAUGAAAAGUUGAAGGUGGAGUUGCGGAGUGCAGUGGAAGAAGUGGUUAAGGAAACCCCAGAAUAUCGCUGCAUGCAGUCCCAGUUCUCUGUUCUGUACAAUGAGAGUCUACAGUUGAAAGCCCACUUGGAUGAGGCUCGGACCCUGCUUCAUGGCACCCGGGGAACUCACCAGCGCCAGGUUGAGCUCAUUGAGCGAGAUGAGGUUAGUCUGCAUAAGAAGCUGAGAACUGAAGUAAUUCAGCUGGAGGAUACCUUGGCCCAGGUCCGCAAGGAGUAUGAAAUGCUGAGGAUAGAAUUUGAGCAAACCCUUGCCGCCAACGAACAAGCAGGUCCCAUAAACCGGGAAAUGCGCCACCUGAUUAGCAGCCUCCAGAAUCACAACCACCAGCUGAAGGGGGAAGUCCUGAGGUAUAAGCGGAAGCUGAGAGAGGCACAGUCCGACCUGAACAAGACGCGUCUGCGCAGUGGCAGUGCCCUCCUGCAGUCUCAGUCUAGUACUGAGGACGCCAAGGAUGAACCCACAGAGCUAAAGCAAGAUUCUGAGGACCUGUCCACUCAUCCAGCAUCGAAGGCAUCUCAGGAGGAUGCCAAUGAAGUUAAAUCCAAACGGGAUGAAGAAGAAAGAGAACGAGAAAGGAGGGAGAAAGAAAGAGAGCGAGAACGAGAACGAGAAAAGGAAAAGGAGAGAGAACGAGAGAAACAGAAACUGAAAGAGUCAGAAAAAGAAAGAGACUCUGCUAAGGAUAAAGAGAAAGGGAAGCAUGAUGAUGGAAGGAAAAAAGAAGCAGAAGUUAUCAAGCAGCUGAAGAUUGAACUCAAGAAAGCACAAGAGAGCCAGAAGGAGAUGAAGCUGCUGCUAGAUAUGUAUCGCUCUGCCCCCAAGGAGCAGAGAGACAAAGUGCAGCUAAUGGCGGCUGAGAAGAAGUCGAAAGCUGAGUUGGAGGAUCUCAGGCAAAGACUCAAGGAGCUGGAGGAUAAGGAGAAGAAAGAAAACAAGAAAAUGGCUGAUGAGGAUGCCUUGAGGAAGAUCCGGGCAGUGGAGGAGCAGAUUGAAUACCUUCAGAAGAAGCUGGCCAUGGCCAAGCAGGAGGAAGAAGCUCUCCUCUCUGAGAUGGAUGUCACAGGACAGGCCUUUGAGGACAUGCAGGAGCAGAACAUCCGUUUGAUGCAGCAGUUGCGGGAGAAGGAUGAUGCAAACUUCAAGCUAAUGUCAGAGCGAAUCAAAUCCAAUCAGAUCCAUAAGUUACUUAAAGAGGAAAAGGAGGAGUUGGCUGACCAGGUUUUGACGCUGAAGACUCAGGUGGAUGCCCAGUUACAGGUAGUAAGGAAACUCGAAGAGAAGGAGCAUCUGCUUCAGAGUAACAUCGGCACAGGGGAGAAGGAGCUGGGCCUUAGGACUCAGGCCUUGGAGAUGAAUAAGCGCAAGGCAAUGGAGGCAGCUCAGCUUGCAGAUGACCUCAAAGCCCAGCUGGAACUGGCUCAGAAGAAGCUCCAUGAUUUUCAGGAUGAAAUUGUGGAAAACAGUGUCACCAAAGAAAAGGAUUUGUUCAAUUUCAAACGAGCACAGGAGGACAUAUCUAGGCUUCGAAGGAAGCUGGAGACCACCAAGAAGCCAGACAAUGUGCCCAAGUGUGAUGAGAUUCUGAUGGAGGAGAUAAAGGACUACAAGGCGCGGCUGACCUGCCCCUGCUGUAACAUGCGUAAAAAGGAUGCAGUGCUUACCAAAUGUUUCCAUGUUUUCUGCUUUGAGUGUGUGAAGACUCGCUAUGACACUCGCCAGCGCAAGUGUCCCAAAUGUAAUGCUGCUUUUGGUGCCAAUGAUUUCCAUCGCAUCUACAUUGGCUGAUGACAGUCAAGAAGGAGGAGCUGGCUAGGCAAGCACUUACUCAUUAACCACCAGGCCUCCACCUCUUCUUUCCUUGACAGUUGGCCAGCUCCCUGGCUUCUCAGACUUUGUCCAGGCCUCCACCUCUUCUCUCCUUGACAGUUGGCCAGCUCCCUGGCUUCUCAGACUUUGUCCAGGCUCUCCUCUUCAGGAAAUAGAGAACAUUAGUGAAAAAGACCUCAAGGUUGUAGAAUGAACUAGAAGCUACUGCUCUUUGUCUUCCCUACCAGCGUUGUUUGUGUACUCUUCAGAUUUUUCAGCGUUAUCUUCUUGGGACUCUCCUAUUAACUUGGAUUGCCCAUUCUUCCUGAAGAAGACAGGCUGAUAGUUUUGACAUUGAGGGAGGGGAUACAGGUAGUGUGAACAUGCUAUUAUGGAGGAGAGAGCUUUUAGAAAUAAGCUUUCUAUGGGCCCAGACUUCUUGAUUUGUGUAGUAAGCCUUUUCUUAACCUAACUUUGGUUAUAAAACGGUAUAAUUAUGAUAAUCUCUCCUGGAAGGUUUUGAAGCCUUAAUGAAAUUAUAUCCAGGAUAAUUCAAUCCAUUUCCCACUUCUACCAAAGUGACUUUUAGGGUCACUUGGAUUUCUUGCUAAAGUUAUUUAUGUUUUAACUAUUUAGAUAGUUAAUAGCUUUUUUAAUUUCUUAAGGCGAGAAUAAUUUCAAACUGAUAGCCCCUAUGUUUUUUACUGGAAUCAGAAUCUAAGAAGCAUCUGAAAUGAGAUUAUGAAGAGAUCUGGGUAGUCUGGGAAUGUGACCCAGGGAGGUGUUGGUGAGCUAUGAAUUACUCUCAUCCUUCUCUCAAGAGGGAUUGCACCAUCCCUGUUUUCCAGAAGAUUCUCAGUAAUGUUUCUAUAGGAUUUUAAUAUAUUCCACAUACUACAAUUAAAGCAGGACUCAGUUUGUUUUUGUGUUUGUGUGUUUUUUUUUGUUUUUUGUUUGUUACAAAUUGUUGAUUUUAUUAUACCUGUUGUUCCAAAACUGAAUUUUUUAAGAUAAGGUCUCUUGCUAUGUAACCUAGACUGACCUUGAAUCACAGCCAUUGCCCUUCCUCAGCCUUGCUGGAGCUAAGAUUAGGGAUAUGUACCACCAUGCCCCAGUGAGAUGGAUUCUUUUGAACAGAACUAAUAAAAUUAAGAGACUGGCUGUGUUCCCAGUAUUUAUUUUUUUGAUUAAUUGAGUUAGUUUUCUGUCUUCUUAGUUGUUUGGAAUCAUACUACCUAAAAGGGAGCAUGUUGCUUUGUCUUCAGCACCUCGGCUGUGUUUUAAUCUACUGCUAUUUCAGCCAGCAAUUAUGACUCCACAGUUUUCUGUGGCAAGGGUGCUCAGGGGACAGUCUGGUGGAAAUUCCGUUCCCAUGGACACCUGCUCUGUCACUGCCACUAAAGAUUUAGCUAAAGCGAAAUCUCUCUUAUUCUAAAUAUAAGUAAGACUUGAGAUUAAAAGUCUGGGGUGAAAACCUGCUAGCUCAGAGAGGCUGAGUAGCACCUACCUUAACUCUCCUUAUUGGCGUCUCCCAAGAGGGCCCAUUGUUCCAGUCAGCAAAAUACAAAAGACACGCCACUCAAACCCUCCCACUACUUCAGAGCAUCUCUCCGUCUCUCCCACAUGCCCUCUGAGACUCUGAUUACUUUCUGUCAGCUAGUUGUUCACUCAGCCUCCUGACCCAAGGUUUAUUUUAUUUAAUUAGUGCAAAUGCUAACUCGGGGUGCAUGGUGUGAUCAAAUGUCCCCCAACAGGAGAGACUACAUAGGUUUCCUCCAGCUCACUGUGGAGGUAAGACGUAGUUUUCUCCUAGUGGGCUUUGGGGUAUGAACUUUGAGUUUUUUAGAAACUAGCAAAGCAGAAGUUUUCUCUGCCUGAUGAAGGGGUUAUAUAAAGUGGAUCCUUUUUAAUCAAUACCUGGCCUAGAUAAUGGUCAAGGGCAUGUUCUCUGUCUGUCCAGCAGCUGUCGUCAUUAGGUCUUCAUGAAUCCCACCAUUAUGUAGUAGGGAUUAUAUGAACAACGGGAGGUCAAGAUGAUGACAAGGAAAUCCACAGAGACAGCUAACGAGCUCCUGGGGACUCACGGGCUGCAGAUGAACAGCUAGGGAGCCGCAUGCGGGUGACAGUUGUGUGACUUGGUCUGCUUGUGGGCCCGGCAGUGGGACCGGGGUCUGUCCCUGGUGCUUAAGCCUGCCUUUUGGAGCCAGUUCCCUGCAGUGGGAUGUUAUGCUCAGCCUUGAUGCAGGGGUUGGGGGAGGGGCUUGUUCUGCCUCAGCCGAUUGCUGAUUGCACAAGGCCUUGUUGAUUCCCCAUGGGAGGCCUUACCCCAUUAGGAGGAGUGGCUAGAGGGUGGGCUGAGGGUUUGGAAGGAGGAUAGGGAGGGGGAACCAUGGUUGGUAUGUAAAAUGAAUAAAAAAUUCAAAAUAAAAAAAAUAAUUGACUCGUGUAAGUAGGAACCAAAGAAACUGUUGGUUUUUGUAUGUUGAAUUGGAUUUACACAGUGAAGAAAUCCUUGCUGUGGAAAAAAUAUUUAGAUCUUAAAUGUUUGGAAUACUAAUUGUCCCAUGAUAAAUAAAGCUUAGCUUUACCUUCCAAGGAUUUCUGUUCAGCUUUGGUCCCUUCCUGACAUUAGCUGUUAAGGUCUUAUAACCUGUUUCACAUUUAUUAUUGAGAUUUGGAUUUAGAAAGGGCAGUGUCUUAACACCUUAAUCCCCAACAUGUAGCAGAGGCACAAGGUGCUCAGUAAAGUUGUCUGAACAAUUCAGCUCUUUUGCUUUUCUGCCAGCUGUUCAAAAGUCUCUUAUUGUACACAUGUGUGAAUUGAAGCCUUAUUUUCUCUCUCUUUCAAAGUGCU